AUAAUUUUUGAAUCUGUAUCUUAGAAUAGUUACUAGUGCAAAGAAAAUAUACUUGCGUAUCAUGAACUGUUUUUGAUUAUUUUCUGUUCCAUCAAUAAAAAAAAAUCUUAUCAAUUCAAACUUGGAAUAACUUUAUCUUCGUUUUCUCUUUGAUUAAACGGUCAAAUUACACCAAUGGAUUUCCAAUUUCCGAUUUUGGUCACCUUCCUCUUCAUUUUCAUGUUACUAAAGAUCGUACGGAAGAAGAAUUCCGUCACCGAUAAGCCUCCUCCGGGACCCUGGAAGUUACCGUUGAUCGGAAACAUUCACCAGGUGGCAGGCCAUCAACCUCAUCAACGGUUGACAGAGUUAGCCAAAACUUACGGACCCGUUAUGAGUUUUCAGCUUGGCCAGCUCUCUACAGUCAUAAUUUCUUCGUCAGAAACAGCUCAACAAGUUCUGAAAACACAUGAAACUAACUUCGUCGGAAGACCUGCUCUUCUUGCUGCCGAUAUCAUGCUUUAUAAUCGUUCCGAUAUUUCGUUUGCUCCGUAUGGCGAUCACUGGAGAUUCAUGAGAAAAAUUGCAGUUCUUCAGCUUUUAAGCGCCAAGCGUGUUCAGUCUUUCAAACCCGUCAUUGAAGAGCAAAUCUCGAGUUUUAUCGAUUUUCUUUAUUCGAAAGGCGGAUCGCCUGUUAAUUUAAGUAAGACUCUGUGUGCUUUAGGGAAUUCUGUCAUUGCCAUUACUUCCAUCGGAAAGAAAUUCAAGAAACAGGACGAGUUUCUGAGAGUGAUCGAUAAGGCUAUUAGAGUGUCGGGUGGUUUCUGUGUUGCUGAUGCUUUUCCGUCUUUUAAACUCAUUGGUACGAUCAGUGGUUCGAGUUCUGUGCUGAACAGAGCUCAUGAAGAAGCAGAUCGGGUUCUUGAAGAGGUUAUCGGUGAACAUAAAGCUGACAGGAGGGCUGCAUCUGAGACGGAACCUGACAAUGUUCUUGAUGUUCUUUUGGAUAUUCAAGAAACAAGUGAAAAUCUUGAACUUCCUAUAACAACGGACAACAUCAAAGCUGUCAUUCUUGACUUUUUUGGAGGCGCGGGUGACACAUCACUGGUGACGGUUGAAUGGGCAAUGGCGGAAAUGAUAAAGAAUCCAUCGACAAUGCAAAAGGCACAAGAAGAAGUGAGACGGGUAUUUAGUGAAAAUGGAAAAUUUAAUGAUGAAAGCCUUCACUAUUUGAAGUUAGUCAUCAAAGAAACGCUAAGAUUACAUCCACCGGUAGCAUUGAUUCCAAGAGAGAGCGGUGAGAGAUAUCAGAUGAACGGAUAUGACAUUAAUCCCAAAACUAAAAUUCUGAUCAAUGCUUGGGCAAUCGGAAGGGACUCUAAGUCGUGGGCUAAUGCUGAAAAAUUUGAUCCAGAGAGAUUUGUUGAUAGUUCGGUUAAUUAUAUGGGAAAUAAUUUUGAAUUCGUCCCGUUUGGUGCCGGAAAAAGGAUGUGUCCUGGCAUAGUAAUGGCUAUGGCCAUUAUUGAGCCUCUGCUUGCGAGAAUGUUGCUCCAUUUUCAGUGGAAACUUCCCAACGGUGCUGAACCGAAGAGUCUAGACAUGGCUGAUGAUUUUGGUCUUGUUGUUAAAAGAAAAAUAGAUCUAAAUUUAAUUCCAAUCCCAUUUUGCUGUACUAAAGACAAUGAGGAACAUAUUUAAAUUGAAAUUAAUGAAGUUGCUUUAUAUUUAA